GCGACUAACUGGUACAUUUUAAUCAGCAUCACACUUGUUCAGUAGUUCCACCCCUUUCAAAGCAGAAUCACAAAUGUUCAACGAUUUGCGGUGAACACUGGAAGUCAGCGUCUGCGCAUCAUAUUCAUCUACAGCUGGUAGGUGCCGCUGACAUUGAGACGAAGCUCCGCUGCAGGAUGUUGGUCGGCUACAGCAGCAGCUCCGAGGAGGAAGAGGAGGCUAACCCUGACCCUGACCCUAAGCCUAAGCCUGGAGGCAGCAGCGGCCGACGGAGAGGCUGUGAGGAGGAGGAGGAGGAGGAGGAUGACAGCCCGAGGAGGAAGAAGCUCAAAGCGGAGGAGCGGGUCGCCACAACGAGGCUCCCUGUUCCUGGCUGCUUAUUGGCCAUGUUCCCGGAGGAGGUGGAACUGCAGACUGAAGACAGCUCCCUUCAUGGUGGACGCGUCCGCUCCUUCAAACACGAGAGAGGGAACUGGGCCACAUAUGUCUACUUUCCAUCAGACCAUCCUGACGAGGAGUUUGUGGAGCUGCUGGACGAGCUGCUGUCGGCAGCGAGGGCCCAUGGUGUAGCUUUAAGCCAGCAGGAGGAGUUCCACCUCAGCCUGUCUCAGACUGUGGUGCUGAGGCAUCACUGGAUCCUGCCCUUCACACAGAGGCUCAAGGCAGGCCUGGCCCACUGCAAAAAGUUUACAUGCUCAGCAGGAAGACUGAAGGUCUAUUGUAAUGCUGAGAGGACCAGGACGUUUUUGGGCAUGGAGGUGUCUACUGGGCAUGCUCAGUUGCUGGAUCUGGUCAGAGUGGUUGACAGAACUAUGACAGAAUUUCACCUGGAUACUUUCUACAAGGAUCCGUCUUUCCAUGUGAGUCUGGCCUGGUGUGUCGGAGACUUGACAGGCCUGAUGAAAGACUGCCUUCAGGAGCUGCAGCGUCUUGUUGAUGAACAUGAGGACGGGCCCUUUGCACUGAGGCUGGACUGUGAGGAGUUGCGCUGUAGGGCGGGAAACAAGACGUUCAGCUUUGCUCUGGAGCCCUAAAACCUGACUCGUACCCCUGACCUUAGUUCUGGCCCGCACUGCAGACUGAGCAAAAACGUCCUCCUUUCCUGAACUCAGGAAACUCCUUCUGUCCUCAGUGUCCAUUAUUUUUGUCAUACUCUCAGCACUCAACAGGCAAACAGCUCAGUCUACUAAAACUAAGUGUAUUCCUGUUAGAGUGCUUGCAAAACACAGAAACCUAUUGAUUUACAGUUACAGAGACAAUCAAAGCUCAGAAUCUAAAAUGAGGAAAGCAAUAUGUUGUUACUACAUCCCAGUUUCCAAAUGUUGUAUGUCUUUUCUAAUGGUAAAUAAAUGUGUUUUUCUAGUUUCA